AUGGAUGACCAAAGCUCUGGAUCGGUCAGAAUCGAGAAGCUGACCGCAUCUAACUUUUACAUCUGGAAGCAGAAAAUCGAGCUACUGCUUGCUCUCCGAGAUGUCGAUCAAUACGUUUUUGAUGAUAUAUCGGAAAAUGCGACCUCAGAUGAUCGCAGGAAGUGGAUUCGUGGUGAUGCGAAAGCAAAGGCAGUCAUCGGACUCACGCUUUCUGAUGACUACUUGCAACAUGUGCGAGGGUGUAGCAGUGCGAAAGAGACAUGGGAGGCGAUUCUGAAUGUGUUUGAGCGUCACACUUUGCUCAACAAACUUUCCGCCCGUCGCGACUUUUACACUGUUUCCAUGCUCCCAUCCGAGAAAGUGCUCGUGUUCAUCAAUCGUGUGAAGCAACUUGCUGCCAGAUUGCAGUCAAUGAGUGUUGAGAUUGACGAUAAAGAAAUUGCAAUGGCUGUGUUGAAUGGCUUGCCUCCACGAUUCGAUAACUUGAUUGUUGCACUUGACGCACUUGGCAAUGAGGAUAAAGUGUUUGGACUCGAUUUUGUGAAGAGUCGUCUGCUGCAAGAGGAACAACGAGAGAGCAUGAAGACCGCUUCUACUACUUCACCCCACGCACCUGCACUUGUCAAUCGCAUGCCUAUUCGACGUGAUAUGAGAUGUACGAACUGUAAUCGACAUGGACACACCGCAGCACGUUGCUGGGGCAAGGAUGUGAAUGGGCGCCGACCAGCACCGCCAGACGGGUUCCGGUCCCGCAACCCCGGCAUGAAGCCAAGUGCAUUCGUAUCUCGAGAUGAAACUUCUACUGCUGCCUUUGCUGAAAGCGACUUUACAUGCCUGCUUUCGACUUCUUCUCCCGAAAAGAAGGCAGUGAACGCAGGGUCAUGGCUUGUGGAUUCCGGUUGCAGUGCCCACAUUACAUUUGAUCGCUCUUUGUUCGUUACUUAUGAAGAGAUGCAAUCUGGAUCAGUCGAGAUGGGCACGAAGGCUAGAGCCAAUGUCGCUGGUCGUGGUGAGGUAGAAUUCAUGUUGAACGUCAAUGGUAGUCCACAGCCUUGCAAAUUGUCCAACGUUUUGCAUGUCCCUGAUUUCGGAUACUCGCUUCUGUCUGUUAGCCAAAUCGUUUCAAAGGGCUUGCAAGUGUCAUUUGAAAAAGACAAAUGCAUCGUUACUGCAGGACCAACUCUAGUUGCCACAGCUAGUCAAGUUGGGGAUUUAUUCAUACUUGAUGUCAUGAAUGAAACUUUCUCUGCUCAUGUAGUUACCUUGCAGACGCUACAUGAACGAAUGGCCCAUGUUAACGUACAAGGAAUCGCAUCAAUGAUUCACAAUAAUGUGGUAAGUGGCAUCAAUGUUCGUCAAAGCGAUGUGAUCAGAGCAAUGAAUCGAAAGUCUGACAAUCACUCUCUCGUUUGUCCUGCGUGUGUGUUCGGCAAAGCAACGCGAUCAGUAAUCCCGAAACAGCGAUCAUCGUCUCGAGCACAGAACUGUCUUGACUUGGUACAUUCUGACGUUUGCGGUCCGCUCGAAGUACAGUCCAUUGGUGGUUCGAGAUACUUCAUUACAUUUGUAGAUGAUCACUCGAACUGGGUUGUUGUGUACACGAUGCGAAAUAAAUCUGAGGCCUUUGCAAAAUACAAGUUGUAUGAACAGUUUGCCCAAACGCACACUGGUCGCAAAGUGAAGGUGCUUCGCACUGAUCGAGGGGGAGAGUACUUGUCGACAGAAUUCAAGUCAUAUUUGGAUUCAAACGGUACACAGCACCAGCUCACCACUGCCUACACACCUGAACAAAACGGUGUUGCUGAACGUUUAAAUCGAACCUUGAUUGAUCUUGUCCGUUCCAUGCUUUCUCAUAAACAGGUCAGUAAACGAUUCUGGGCAGAGGCUCUUGCCACUGCAGUAUAUGUACGAAAUCGAGUUACUUCACGGGCUUUGCCAGUUAACACGACUCCCCAUCACAUUUGGAUGAAGUCAACUCCAAAUGUUGGCCAUUUGCGAGUAUUUGGGUCAAAGUGUUGGUAUACAUUACCGAAAUUAGAGCUCCGUAAGCUUGACUUGCGAGCGCGUGAAGCGAUGUUUCUCGGUUAUUCGCAAUGCAGUAAAGCAUACAAACUUUGGGACGGAGAGUUGAGUAAAGUUGUUGUUUCACGAGAUGCCAAGUUUGAUGAAUCGACAUGUGGGAUGCAUGACAUUCCUGCACAUGAAAAAGAUUCAAUCAGCUCUGACGUUGGCGUUGUAUUGCUCGGUGGCGACAAUGAGAAUGAAGCCGAUACCCCAAAUGCUAAUGAGGUUGGGUCGGAAGAGGAUGAAAUUUCAGGGGAGGUUAUUGAAAACGAGGACACUCACUCUGUAGGUGAGAAUGAUGAAGAUGAUGUGUCACCUCCCGUCGAAACUCCGAAUGUCACCCCUCCAACUCCGACUCCAGCUGUACGAAGAUCGUCUCGAAUCAGUAGACCUCCCGGAUCAUGGUGGAGGAGCAACUUUGCAGCUGCUCUUCUUUCACAUGCGCAUGUCGCUAUUGAAGGUCCCAAGACUUUCAAACAAGCAACCCACGGUCCUAGAGCUGCAUUCUGGCAAACCGGCAUUGACAAAGAACUUGCAUCACAGACUAAGAAUCAGACCUGGAAACUUGUUCCUCGAUCUGAGGCGUCAAACAUCUUGACAUCUCGAUGGGUUUUCAAUGUCAAGCAGCUGCCUGAUGCAAAUGGCAAUAUAGUUGAAAGUGCAAAAGCCAGACUUGUUGCCCGUGGAUUCCAGCAAGUGCAGGGUCUUGACUAUACUGAGACAUAUGCCCCUGUCAUAAAGUUUACGACUAUUCGUCUACUUCUUGCCUUAGUUGCUCAUUACGACCUUGAACUUCAUCAGAUGGAUGUCGUGACUGCGUUUUUGAACGGCGACUUGGAUGAAGACAUCUACAUGGAGCAACCCGAAGGCUGCGUUGACAAAAGCAAAAGUGAUCAUGUGUGUAAACUUUUGAAAGCACUUUACGGUCUUAAACAAGCACCUCGUCAAUGGCAUACCAAAGUGGAUGAUUUCUUACUCGGUGAAUUGGGAUUUGAGAUUUCACGUAGUGAUCCGUGCCUCUACAUUAAACGCAUUGGUAACACUAUCAUGCUAAUUGCACUUUAUGUCGAUGACUUGUUACUCGCUGGUAGUGAUAUCCAUGCCAUCAAAUGGAUGAAGGGGGAGCUUAACAAACGGUUUGAGAUGAAAGACCUUAGUGAGGCAAAAGUCUGCAUUGGUCUUGAGAUUCAUAGAGAUCGCACUAUCAAGACAUUGAGUCUCACUCAAACUAAGUAUGCAUUAAAUGUGCUUGACCGUUUUAAAAUGUCGACUUGUAACCCUUCCCUGACUCCAAUGGAACAAGGUCGCAAAACCACGAAUUCUAUCGAAAACGACUCCGAAACAAAGGCACCGUAUCGUGAGGCAGUCGGUUGCCUUAUGUACUUGAUGGUUGGCACUCGUCCAGACUUGGCAUACGCCAUUGGAAAGCUUUCCCAACAUUCUGCCAACCCAUGUGAGUCACACUGGGCAGGUGUAAAACGAGUAAUGCGAUACGUGCAAGGGACUCGAAACUUAGGAAUCGUGUUUGACAAUAAAUCCAAAUCGCCGGAGUUGCUCGGUUUCAGUGAUGCUGACUGGGCCGGUUGUUCAGACUCUCGCAAGUCGACCAGCGGAUAUGUUUUCAAGUUCUGUGGUGGAGCUAUCAGUUGGAGUUCCCGGAAACAGACUGUGGUUGCGACUUCGACGUGUGAAGCUGAGUACAUUGCACUAUGUGAAGCGUGUAAGGAGGCGACCUGGUUGCGUCAAGUUGUUGCUGAUGUCCUCGGACUUGAUUCUGAUCCCACGAUCAUGAUGGGGUGUGACAAUGCAGGGACGAUUUCGUUUGCACAGAAUGAAUCGAUCAACCGUCGCAACAAACAUGUUGAUGUAAAAUACCACUACGUACGAGAUGCUAUUAAGAGAAACAUUGUGUAUUUGUCGCAUUGUCCGACCACUUCGAUGCCUGCCGAUAUCUUAACCAAAGCACUUGGGCGAAUUCUAUUCCAGAAGUUUGUAGAACUUCUGGGACUUGCAGUGUCCAGUAAAAGCAUGUGA